ACAUGGCGAAGAUGGCGGUCGUUUAAGCUGAGCAGUUGGUUGCUGUGAUCUGUAGUCUGUUUAUUUACAUCCGGGUCUUUCAGUAGAGGGAUAGGCGCAGAGUCGCGGGUGUGUGAGCAGGGAAUACGGCUCCGCGUGAACACUUUUUUAUUCUCUCUGCCCUGCUUGGUGUGUUGGUAUACCUGACAGAUAUUCAUGUCUGAUAAUCAGAGCUGGAACUCUUCGGGUUCAGAGGAAGACCUGGAGACCGAGUCAGGGCCACCAGUGGAGCUGUGCGGGGUCCUGUCUAAGUGGACCAACUACAUUCAUGGCUGGCAGGAUCGAUGGGUUGUCCUUAAAAAUAACACCUUAAGCUACUACAAAUCCGAGGAUGAGACUGAAUAUGGCUGCAGGGGAUCCAUCUGUCUCAGCAAGGCUGUCAUCACGCCCCAUGAAUUUGAUGAGUGUCGCUUUGAUAUCAGUGUUAAUGACAGUGUUUGGUACCUACGGGCUCAAGACCCUGAUCAUCGGCAGAGAUGGAUAGAUGCUAUCGAGCUACAUAAGUCUGAAUCUGGCUAUGGAUCGGAAUCAAGUUUACGAAGGCAUGGCUCAAUGGUUUCUCUUAUAUCUGGUGCAAGUGGCUACUCGGCUACAUCUACAUCAUCAUUUAAGAAAGGACACAGCUUGCGAGAAAAACUUGCUGAAAUGGAGACAUUUCGGGACAUCCUGUGUAGACAAGUUGAUACAUUGCAGAAGUAUUUUGAUGCAUGUGCGGAUGCUGUGUCCAAAGAUGAGCUAGAAAGGGAUAAAGGUUCUGACUUGACUAUAUAUGAUCUGUUGCCUGCAGAGAAGGGAGGGACGCAUUUAAGAAUUCUGGGAGGAGAUUCUACAUAUUCCAGGAGGCAAAUGGACUACUAUACAUUUGUGGAAGAUGACGAGGAAGACUUUCUUCAGAACCAUGCAGAUGGUGAAUACAUACACAACAGCAACGGCAAUAAAGAAAAAUCAUUUCCCCAUGUAGCUCCCAAAGGAAUUAAUGGUAUUGACUUUAAAGGAGAAGCCAUUACUUUCAAGGCUACUACAGCAGGAAUACUUUCUACUCUAUCCCAUUGUAUUGAGUUAAUGAUGAAGAGGGAGGAUAGCUGGCAAAAAAGACUGGAUAAGGAAGUUGAAAAAAGGAGACGAGUAGAAGAAGCAUAUAAAAUUGCAAUGAGUGAACUAAAGAAGAAAUCCCAUUUUGGUGGACCAGAUUAUGAGGAGGGACCCAACAGUUUAAUUAAUGAGGAAGAAUUCUUUGAUGCAGUCGAAGCAGCUUUGGACCGACAUGACAAAAUUGAGCAGUCUCAGUGUGAAAAAGCCAGAUCAAAUUAUUUGUCAUCGUUACCAGCAAGUGAAGCAUACACAGAUGUGGGCAAUCACAGAUUUGUUCAAAUGCUGUCUAGUCAUUCUUCCAGUGGUCUAGACAGCGCUUCUGAAGACCACAGGUUCUGCCCCCAGGUGGAAGAAAUGGUACAAAACCACAUGACGUACUCACUUCAGGAUGUUGGAGGUGAUGCCAACUGGCAACUAGUAGUAGAAGAAGGAGAAAUGAAGGUUUAUAGAAGAGAAGUUGAAGAAAAUGGUAUAGUUUUGGAUCCUCUCAAGGCUACACACUCUGUGAAGGGGGUGACCGGUCAUGAGGUUUGCCAGCACUUCUGGAAUGUCGAUGUCCGUAAUGACUGGGAGACUACUAUUGAAAGUUUUCAUGUUGUGGAAAAGCUAUCAACAAAUGCAAUCAUUGUAUAUCAGACGCAUAAGAGAGUAUGGCCUGCUUCUCAACGGGAUGUUUUGUAUUUAUCUGCUAUUCGAAUGAUACCAGCUGCUAAUGAAAAUGAAACAGACACUUGGAUUGUUUGCAACUUCUCUGUGGAUCAUAACAAUGCACCUCUGAACCGUUGUGUUCGUGCCAAAAUAAACAUUGCCCUGAUCUGUCAGACACUUGCGAGCCCACCAGAUGGUAAUAAGGAUAUAAGCAGAGAUAAUAUCCAAUGCAAGAUUACAUAUGUUGCAAAUGUAAAUCCUGGAGGCUGGGCUCCCGCAUCUGUACUUAGAGCAGUAGCAAAACGAGAAUACCCUAAAUUUUUAAAACGGUUUACUACUUAUGUGCAGGAGAAAACCUCAGACAAGCCCAUAUUAUUUUAGCAAUUUCCAGUGGCGUGAAGGCGGCCAUAAGAACAUUCCAUGUUGAAUGAGAGCAAAAUCAUUGCAAUAUAAAAUGGAGUUCAGGAUCUGCAGCCUUUUUAUAUUUUACACAUUCUAAUGUUCGCCUGAAACCAAGGGGGUUGACUUGCUCACAUGGCCGAACAUAAAACAUUAGUCCUACUUUAAUGAAUCAGUAUAUACCUAAUACAUGUGCAUAUACAAGUACAUGUCUACACACACAUACACUAUAUAUAUAUAUAUAUAUAUACACACACACACACACUAAAAUCUUUUUUCUAUUUACUUGUUUGCUUGCUUCAGUGGGUCAUGAGAGGGUAAAGAAAAUUAUCUGAAUCACAAGCAACAUGGAUUGAUGCUUUAAUUUUCUACAACUCAUGAUAGGCUAGCCUGCCAUGGACUUUUAAAUAUAUAUAUUAAAGCCAUACAUAUUCUAUGUUUCUGGGCAUAUUAAGAUCAAGUACCCUAAAUGCACACAAUGUUCUUUAUGCUCAUUAACAAAUCGGUCAUUUCAUUUUUCAAAUUUUAAGGAUAUAAUUGCUAUUGGUUUCUUUUUCCCUCCUUAUGCUUUAUAUAAAAGACAUUUUGUUACCUUAUCGCUGGUUCUUAUAAACGUUCUGUAAAAACUAAAGAAAUAUCUGAGGGCUUUUAUCUAUGGCUUUGCCUUUUUUCUCCUAAAACUCCUAUGAAGACUUUGUAGUCUGAUGGAGUAAAGCGAAAUCUAAGAAAGCUUUAUUUUUUCCAGAAAUCUAUAUAUUUCUAUUGUAUUUUUAGUUGUGUUAAUAAUGUGGAACAAAAUGAUUGGAUUAUAAAACACGAUCCAGAAAUUUCAAGAUUGAUUCUUGAGGGGGAUGAUAUAUAAUUGGUCUUUCAGCUCUGCUCUAUGGUGGCAGUCUGUGUGGAGAAUGUGCAAACCCUUUGUAUGCAAGGUGAGUGAAUGUAGUGUGUAGUCUCCUAAGUGUCGGUGUGGCCUUUUCCCUAUUUGAUGACUACAGUCAGUGUCACGCUCGGCCUAACUAUCUUGCACUGUUUAGACAUUGUUUUGCAUAGCAGAAGUUGCACAAAAUGUGUUUUUUCCUAAUGUGAUGACUAUCUUUCGUUUUGAUGCAGGAUGUAAUGUUACAUUUCUUUUCAACCCCACAUUUUUCUUUCAUGUUUCAGAUAAAGCAUACAAUUUUAAACAAUUUUCCAAUUUACUUUUAUUAUCUAAUUUGCUUUGUUUUCUUGUUACCUAUCCUUUGUUGAGAAGCAUACCUAGGUAGGCUCAGUAGCUGGGAGAUUGCUGCAGAUUGGGUGCUUUACAUAUGUGCUUCGUCAUUGGCUUGCAUAUGUGUACAGCUAGUUCCCAGCAGUGCAUUGCAGGUGCUCUAAUAAAGGUUACCAAAAGAAUGAAGCAAAAUGGUUCAUUGAGUUAAAUUGGAAGAUUGUUAAAAAUUGUAUGCUCUAUCUGAAUCAUGAAAGAAAAAAAUGUGGGUUUUGUGUCCCUUUAAAAUAGGGUUAUGAUGGAAAAUAUGAGUUUAUGUUCCAGAAGGUUUUGUAACAUUCAGCCUGUUUUCCACAUUGAGCACCAUAAAAGCAAGAACUAACCAAAUCUCCAGAUGAUGACAUUCAAAUGUUUCAGGUUUGCUUAAUUUCUGAGUAUUAUAUAUGUGUAAUAAAGUCUGCCUUUAACUUUACAUUUCCAUUGUGCAAUGUAUAUAACAUAAUUUAAUUUUACUUGUUAAGCACAGUUCUGUUAAGAGGCAGAGAAUUGUUUUUUUUUUUAAUUACUUUUUUGCUGGUAUUUGGGACUUUAAAUCUGAAAAGCGAAUUUACAUUUAACACAAAAAAAUCGUUCACAGAUAAUUAAAUUGUACAAUAUUUGAGCCUGCAAAUUUUAAAAGAAGAUAGACAUGUGCUAUAAGAGUUGUUGCUGUCCAUAUUAUAUAAUUACCUUGUUUAUGUGAGUGCAUUUAAAAUCCAUGAUGAUUUCUUAUCUGUUUAAUUGAUUUAUGUCUGUUUUGUGCAUCUGUUAUUAAAGAUUUAAAUAAAUAUAUAAAUAUAUAUAUCUGUCGCAUACCUACAGGUUAUGUUAAUGGUUUUAUAAGCUAGGUUGCGACAAUUAUAUUGAAACAUAGAUGUAUAUAAUCAGAAUUUUGUGUACAAAUUUGACAAAACUUUGGAAACCUACUACCUACAGUUUUUCUGCCUCGAAAAUUCAAUUCUUUACUUGUAGAAAUGUCACAAUCAAUUCUUCCUUGGAAACCUAAUCACAUAACUUUAUUGCAUAACUACAAGUUUGUAUUCCUAACAACACACACAGAUAAAUAUGCCUUACCACAAUAAAGCUCUAACGCUUUUCUUAGGUGAAAAAGUGCGGUGGUAACGAGUUAAUGAACAGAAAGUUGUUAUAGUAAUCACUACAUCAAAAGUCAAUGUUUGUUUGUUUUUUAAUAGUGUGUUCUGUUUUUUUCUUCAUUAAAUUAAAAUGGUUUCUGUUUUUCAUUGUCUUGAAAAUAUUAAAGCCACUGAUGGUGUACUGAGAAUGAUUGAUUAUAAAUACAGAUAAUGAAUGUUGAAUUAGCUAUUUUGGUUACUAUCGCGAAAGCAAGAAAGUCAUUUUAUCUCUUCUUCUAAUGGAGAACAUUGUUGUUUCUUUUACAGCAUAUUGCAAUUUGUGCCAUCAUUUGAAGGAGAUCAUGAAAAGCUUUAUUCUACAAAGGCUUAAAGUGAUUGUAAACUUACCGAUUGUGCUGCACGGUAUAUAGAAAUAUUAUUCGAAACGGGAACUUUGAUUCAUGAAAUUUUUUAAAUGAAGCUUAAUUUGUCAAAUAUUUACCAUACAGUGAAGGUAAACAAUGCACCGUUCCUCUGCUCACAUUUUACACUUGGCGUCCAGCUCAUGAUGCAUGAAACUAUUGCUUGAAGGCGGAUUCGUCAUCGUUCAACUAAAUAAAGUGUAAAAUGCAGAUGGAGUAACGGCGCCAUGUUUACCUUCACUGUAUGGUAAAUAUUUGACAAAUGAUGCAUCAUUAAAAAAUGUCAUGAAUUAAAGUUCCCCUGUUUUUGAAUAAUAUUUUUAUAUACUGUGCAGCACAAUCGGUAAGCUUACACUCACUUUAAGGGAAGUUUACAAAAACAGUAUCUAAAUCUUAAUAUCAUUAGUUGCAUUUGCACUAAAUGUGAUGUACUUUUGCUAUUCUGUAAAUAAAUGUAUUACACUAA